AUGGAUAGCUCGGUUCCAGGUGGUCAAAGAACUCUUCAAAAGAGAAGAAAUGCUCAAUUGCAAAAGGAAAAGAAGGCUAACCAAACACCAGCUUCUCCAAGACAGGCUGGAUUUGGUGGUUCUUCCAGCUCUAUUUUGAAGCUUUACACAGAUGAAGCCAAUGGGUUGAGAGUUGACCCAUUGGUGGUUUUGUUCUUGGCUGUUGCAUUUGUGUUCUCUGUUGUUGCUUUGCACGUCGUUGCUAAGGUCUCUGGUAAGAUCUUUUAA